UUUCACAACCUCACUCUUCGUCAUUUAGCGCGUGAAUUUUCUCGUUUUUCCUCAUUAUUUUCCCAAUUUCCUCGUGAGUUUUUCAUUUGGGACGAAAGUCAGUAAACAAAGUGAUGAACAGGAAGAACAAGCAGUCGCAGGAAACUUCGCAACAGCGUACCAUGAGAUUUCUCAGAAUGUCUUUGAUAAUUGCUGAGAAGAAAGUGGAGAUGCUGAAGAAGCGCAAUGCAGAGCUCAGGAAAAUUUACAAGCGAAGCUGCAAAGUCGCGGCACAGCUCAAUUCAUUGCACUUCGACCAGCUUUUCAACGAUUUUGAAGACAAUUCUCCGCCGAUGGAUGUUCGCGCUUACGAGGAAUUGGCCACCAAAAUGGAGGCGAAGGUCGCUGAAGUCGAGAAAUUCGUGAAACAGUUCAAGGAAGAAAUUGAGAGACUGGAGAAGAUGGCUGUUGAUGACGAGGAAGAAGCACAAAGCGAGAUGAAUUCUGUGGCUUCUUCCGAACAAGAAGACGCCCAAGUGGCCAGCGAGGCCAGCGCUUCCACGAGCGAGACGGAGACAGAGGAGCUUUUCUAA